ACCGGAAGCAGGGGAACUUCCGGUGGCUAACAUGCUAACUUUUCCUUUACGUUACCGUGAGAUGCAGCCGGAGUUCAGCAGCAGAGCCUGCAUGUGAGGAUCAACGUGUUUAAGUGGACUCUGUUUAAACUUUCGGGAUGUUUCACCUCAGACUCAUCUCCUGUUAGCCAAGAAUGCUAAAGGAAGUUAGCUUGUUAGCAGGAAGUAGCCGGAGCCGGAGCUCGGCCUCACAGUCGGAGCAGCUUCCAUAGAGACCAAACUGUAUUUUUCACGGAGCCCAAAUGUCCAAAUGUCCAGAUAGAGCUGUCUGAAUAGACUCUGUGCUGUUCCCUUUAUCUGAACAUGUUUAACAUCUGAAUUAUCUCCCGCUGUCCUACGAAGCUAAUGCAGUUAGCUUAGCUUGCUAGCUGGAAACAGUCUGGAGGAAAAGCUGCUGUGAAUCAGUAAAAAUGUCUAAAGUGGAGAACGAGGAGGAACUUUGUGGUAUCAAAAACAUAUAGGCGAACAUUUCUUUACACGACCAGCUGAAAAUAACAAACUACAAACAGCUCCUGUAUCGAACAAUCAGAACUGCUGCUGCUCUGAAACAUUUGUGUUACAGUUUCCUUCAGGUCUAAAACACUGCCGGACUUUAGCAGGGAGCCACGAUGACGGCAAAGGACCUGUUGAAGACUCUCGAUGAUUUAAGUGAGGAGGAAUUCAAGAGGUUCAAAUGGUGUCUGAAGCAGCCUGAUUUCCUGGAAACCUACCAAACCAUCAAAGCCUCCAAUCUGGGGACGGCAGACAGGCUGGACACAGUGGAUCUGAUGGUGAACACCUAUGAACUUCAUGGAGCUCUGAUGGUCACCAAGAAGGUAUUAGAGGACAUACCCAGGAAAGACCUGGUGCAGAGUCUGCCAGAAACCUGCUCAGGACCAGAAGAAAAAGAGGAUCUGGAUGUGUUUGACCUGAAGAAAUGCUUUCCUUCAGUGGAGGCUCUUCUGAAGCCGCUGCCAGAGGUCAAAGCCUCCAACACAGCUCUGGUGGAGCCUGCUGGAGUCCGAUGGUCGAGACCAGGUCUGAGGAAGUAUUCCUGUGAACUCACAAUCGACACAAACACAGUACACAGAAAGAUCAAACUGUCUGACAACAACAGGAAGGCGAUAUGUGUGGAGGAGGAUCAGCCAUAUCCUGAUCAUCCAGACAGGUUUGACUGGUGGCGGCAGCUGCUGUGUAGAGAUGGUCUGACUGGUCGCUGUUACUGGGAGGUCAAGUGGAGAGGAGGAGUUUAUAUAUCAGUGAGUUACAGAGGAAUCAGAAGGAGAGGAAACAGUUAUCGCUGCAGGUUUGGAAAGAACAAUCAGUCCUGGAGUCUGAGGUGCUCUGAUGUUGAUGGUUACUCUGUCUGGCACAAUAACAGAGAAAUACCCAUCUCCUCCUCCUCCUCCUCCUCCUCCUCCUCCUCUGGUAGAGUAGCAGUGUAUGUGGACUGUCCUGCUGGCUCUCUGUCCUUCUUCAGAGUCUCCUCUGACACACUGAUCCACCUCCACACCUUCAACACCACAUUCACUGAACCUCUUUAUCCUGGCUUUGCAGUCUGGUUCAGGUCCGGUAAUGGAUUCUUUGUGUCCUCACCUGUUUCCUCAGUGUCUCUGUGUUCUGUGUAGGAGGGAGAGUCUCCUCUUGGUAGAGAACAGAUCAGUUGAGUCUGUACUCAGACCUGAACACCAUCCAACACCUUUCACUGCAUGAAAAGCAGGAUUUUCUGGUUGAGUGUACUGGAAGUUCCUGCAUACUGUCUCAAAGUGGGUCUUACAAGCAGCUGGAAAACAAAUUUUAGUUUAUAAUAAAUAAAUAGCAUAGAAUACUAAUAAUAGAAUAUACCACAGUAUUUGCCUAUUUAAAAUUAUGUGCCGUUUAGUCCAGUGUGUCCAAAUCUAGGUCUUAUAUAUUUGUAGCAUGGCUAAAACUUAGUUAUGAAUUUUAAUAGAUUUAUGAGAAUUAAUACCCAAUUAUGAAUUUUAAUAUUCAAAAAUUAAUAUUUAUUAAUCCAUAAAAAGCUCUCAUUUAAAAAGGGCAC